UACGCGCGUGGAGGAGGCUGUCCUUGCCCCCAUCUGCAGAGUGGGGGUGCGAGUGGGAAGCAGGGGUUGCCUUCUUCCACCCAGUGUGUGUGUGUGCAUGGAGGCAGGGAGCUUUGUCUUUCUCCCUACCCAUUCUAUCCCCAGAAGGUACGGGUGGGCGAGGAGGAGGUGAUGUUUCCUCACCCCACCCUGUGCAGGGAGGGGGGGAAGAGAGAGAGAGAGAGAGAGAGAGAGAGAGUGUGUGUGUAAGGGGAGGCCCUGUCUUUUCUCCACCCAUCCCGAGUGUGUGUGUGUAACUGGGGGAAAGGGAAAGUCCUGUGUCUUCCUUUGCCUCCCAACUCUGUAGUGGGGUGUUGUGUGUGGUGGUGGGGAAGGGUAUCCUGCUUAGCUGCCCCUGUCCCUAGAGAGUGGGUGGAGAGGGACCAGAUUAAGGCAACAGAACCCAGCCCUACUCUGGCUAAAUCUUUAGAAAUGUAGCUUUGUGCCUGUUCCAGAAUGUAGGGCUUCCACAGUUAAAAAGAUGAAGGGUACUUCUGGCAAAUAUACUGGACUUGAGGUCCUCAUUUCUCUGUAGUUGUCUACCCCACUAUUAGUUGUAACAUCUUUUGAUCUGUUAUUUUGCAGGAUUGGACAGGUGAUUUCCAAGGAAUGAUUAUGUGCUUCUGAUAAUUCAGUAGGUGAUAUUCUUCCUUAUGAGUAUGUAUUAAAAUGCACAAUCCAGGAUGUUAUCAGGGGACAUCGUUGCUAAGAUGAGAAUUAAAAGUGAGGUCCUGAGCAGUUAUUAAAGAUUCCUAGUACUCUUCACAAGUGUGGGCGAGAACACCUGAUGCUUGGGGAAAAUUCUUCUGGAUACUGUGAUUCAGCUCUACUGUUAUUAGUGUACAGAACAUUUGGAUGUCAUGGAGGUACAGUUUUCAAGUGAGUGUUGCCGCCUGUUGGACUCCAGGUGUCUCAUGAGAUAAAAUAAUUAAUUAAAAACAGAGUGCUUCCUAAGGUCUACAGGUAGCUGGCAUAAAAAGAAUGGUUCCACAAGAUGAAAAUCUCAGCCCUAUUAUGGUCUAAAUGGAGAGAGCCUUCAUCUUGACAAUGGUAGCUUGAAGUCUAUUAAAGUACAAGCAUUUAUAUUGUUUUUAAAAAUUUCUGUGCAGCAGAUUCUAGCUUCAGGAGAACUGGGGUGGGGCCUGAUGCAGAAGAAUAGGGCAGGAUGUCAAGAGACGAUCAGAUAAUCUGUACCAGCUGUAUGCUUUGGAGCAGGAGGGGGAUCUGGGAUAUGACUAAGCGGUGUGGAUGCCGAGGGUUACAAAUGGUGUGGGUUUUUAUCAUGAAUCGAAUGAACUCCCAAAGCAGUUCCUCCACUCAGCGUAAGCGAAUGGCUCUCGGAAUUGUCAUUCUUCUACUCGUUGAUGUGAUAUGGGUUGCCUCCUCAGAACUCACUUCAUAUGUUUUUACGAAGUACAAAAAACCUUUUUUCAGUACCUUUGCAAAAACAUCCAUGUUUGUUCUAUACCUCUUGGGAUUUAUUGUUUGGAAGCCAUGGAGGCAACAAUGCACACGUGGGUUUCGUGGAAGGCAUGCAGCCUUUUUUGCAGAUGCUGAAGGUUAUUUUGCUGCUUGUACAACAGAUAAUACUAUAAACAGUUCUUUGAGUGAACCUUUGUAUGUUCCUGUAAAGUUUCAUGACUUACCCAGUGAAAAGAAUGGCAAUGCUAACGGUGAUACUGAAAAAACUCCCAAAAAGCCUCGUGUAAGGUUCAGUAAUAUUAUGGAGAUUCGACAACUCCCAUCGAACCAUGCAUUGGAAGCAAAGUUGUCUCGCAUGUCAUAUCCAACUGUUGCAACUGAAGCAGCAAAAAUCAGCUUUUUCUUUUGCUUUGUGUGGUUUUUGGCAAACUUCUCUUAUCAAGAAGCACUUUCAGAUGCACAAGUUGCCAUAGUUAAUAUCCUAUCUUCAACCUCUGGACUUUUUACCUUAAUCUUAGCCGCAGUGUUUCCAAGUAACAGUGGAGAUCGGUUUACUCUUUCCAAACUGUUAGCUGUUGUUUUAAGCAUUGGCGGUGUAGUACUUGUUUAUCUCUCUGGGUCUGCUGAGAAAUCUGCUGAGAAAUCUGCUGGAAGAGGUGCAAUGGGUUCUCUGUGGUCUCUAGCAGGAGCAAUGCUGUAUGCUGUCUACAUAGUUAUGAUAAAAAGAAAAGUAGACAGAGAAGAUAAGCUUGAUAUACCAAUGUUCUUCGGUUUUGUAGGUCUUUUUAAUCUGUUGCUGCUAUGGCCAGGUUUCUUCCUACUUCAUUAUACUGGAUUCGAGGCCUUUGAGAUUCCCAGUAAACUGGUGUUAAUGUGCAUUGUCAUUAAUGGCCUUAUUGGAACAGUUCUGUCAGAAUUCCUCUGGCUGUGGGGCUGCUUUCUUACCUCAUCACUGAUAGGCACACUUGCGCUAAGCCUUACAAUACCUCUGUCCAUAAUAGCUGACAUGUGCAUGCGGAAGGUGCAGUUUUCCUGGUUAUUUUUUGCAGGGGCAAUCCCUGUUUUUUUUUCAUUUUUCAUUGCAACUUUCUUAUGCCAUUAUAACAACUGGGAUCCAGUGAUGGUAGGAAUCAGAAGAAUUUUUGCCUUUAUCUGUAGAAAGCAUCGAAUUCAGAGAAUGCCAGAGGAAAGUGAGCAGUGUGAAAGCCUCAUCCCCAAGCAUAGUGUUUCUCAAGAAGGAGAAAACUGCUGUUCCUAGGCAAUAGUUUAAAGAUGGAAUCAUACUCAGCGAAAAGACAAUCUCCAGGAAAGUCCAUAAGGAAUCGUAUUUCAGUGCCUAUUCUUUUGAAACAAAACUUUUAUUUUCCCAUAAUUGCCUAUCUUCAUCUGGUUCUAUCAGUGAACACCUUCACUAUGUGCGUACACUACAACUAUAGGAAAAUCCCAGUCCAUCUAAACAACCAACCUGCCUUCUAGAACUCAACUUGAAAUUACUUGAUAUAAUCAAGAAAGCAAAUGCUGGUCUGGUGGGUUUUGUUGUGUGUGUGGGUGUUUUUGUUAAAUGCUGGACAAUUUUUCAGAAAUUACUUUAAAAUGAAUACUUUAAGUUGGCAGGACAUAAUUUCUUAAAGGCUUUCAAAUGGAAAAAAGCUAAGUAUGUAGGUUACCUGUAAUAGGUACAGAUUAAUUGUUUUAUUUUGUGUAAAGUCUAUUUGAAUAUUCAAACAUUAAAUUAGAAAAAAAAUCUUAAUUUAUUAAAUAAGUACUUUUUUGCAACUGUUGAAGCAGGAUGUAUGCAAAUUUCUGGAACACAGCGUAUAUUGCUUUCUCCCACUUAAAGAUCUUGUAAUAGGAAAGGGUGCUUUGUGUUUAAAAAUCUGUUAUGAUCUAACAAUCUGAAACUUUUAAUGAAGUGUUAGUAAAGUAUUUUUAAAGGUGAUAAUUAUCAUAAAUUUGGCUGGACAAGCACUCAGUGUAAAAGUUCAUAAUUCAGAAAUGGUCUCUUAAAAAAACGUAAUCAAAAUUAUUUAAUAUUUAAUUGUAAAUAAUUCCAUGAUGCCAUGUGCACAGCUGCCUUUUUGGGAAAAAAAUAUCAAGUAAACAUCUAAAUUUUGUAGUUGCUAUCUUGUCUCACCUCAACGUUUCCAGUAAUUUUAAAGCUAGAGAUAAUCAUGUUGACUUAGUUUUCCUACUGAAAUUGUGUAAUGGCUAACUUUCACUGUGACCUGAGUUUUCUUCCCUGCUGCAAUGCUGCUGUUCUGUUUGAUUCUGAAAUAUAAUGAAUCAAUAAAUAUAUUCACAAGAAUCCUGCAGAUAGUCAUUGCCCUCUUCAAAAAGUAAAAUUUAGUAAGUUUGGUCGAUGGGCAUUAUUUACUAAUUUAUUUUGUCUUUUAGUGAAUUAUGUUUAGAGUACAGAUGGAUUUUCAAUCAAUGUGACCAACCAUUCCAAAUAACCAUAAAACUGAUGCUUUUCUAGGGAUACAUCUCCAUUCAGUCUUUGGUGUUUAUACUAUUCCCACUAAGAAGAAUACAGGUUGACCCUCUCUAAUCCAGAACUCUCUGUACCAGCAACAUCCAUGGUCCAGCAUGAUUUUAGUUAGCUAGAUGUCCACUUAUCGUGGGUGUGACCAAAUUUCCCGUGGUCCUAUAAAGUUGGUUUACAGAUACCAGUCCUAAUUAUUUAGCUCAGAUUUACCCCUAAAUGUCUUCUAAGAUCCCAGUAAGCAGUGGAAGUGUUGGCAAUGCCACUAGAUACUUUUGACCUCCUAUGGUUCAGGAAAUGCUCUGGUUCAGCAUCAGUUAGGUCCUGAGGGUGCUGUGUUAGAAAGGUUCAACCUGUACUAAUUAUGGAAAUGGUGGUGGUAAUUUGGUGAUGUAAAGAAAAAAAUAGUCUAGUUAGAUUGUAUUAAGGCCACAGUCUUAGAUAAAUGUUUAGAAAAGGAUUAGAUUUGUUUUUAUUCACCCCCAAAAAUCAAUAGAUGCAGGGUGAAGUCCAUUGUCAAAUAAAAAUUUACAGAAAAUAAGUUAAAAACAUACACUGUUGUUAUAUUGAUGGUUACUAUCUAUGAACAUCAAUUUAUCUGAGGCCAACCUUUUUCAAAGUUGGAGCCUGAAUGUAGAACUGAGUCUGGCAUUUUCCAAAGAUUUGGAAGCACAGCCCUAUUUGAAGUAACUUAAUUACUUUUGAAAAUCUCUUCCCCCCCCCCCCCUUUUUUUUAAUCCCAAGUCUAUACUUAGUCACCUAUUCUUUGUACUCUUCUUUUUGAUGACUUUGGCCAGAGUUCUUGAUCUCUCAUGGAGGUCAAUAAAAAUUGGAAAGAAAUACUGAUAUACAUAAACCGAAUAAAAAAUAAUCAUCAGUUCUUCUCAACUAGAUUGCAUUUAAACAAUCAAUCUAGAAGUGAAAGUCUUUCAAUUACUUAAGUUAUCAAGUACCCAUGAGAAGACGGAAACUUUAAAUGCUGCAAUUGAACUGUUUUUAUAUCUGAUCUUGGGUAAAAUUUUGGCUGUUUGGCAAGAGGAGAGUUCUCCUGAUAAGGUUAAAAAUGUUUUUUUGGGAGCAAGAUAAUGUCAGAGAAUUUGAGUGGAGUCCUUAUUGCAGGCAAAGAAAAAAUGUUCAUUAAGACAUAGUGGAAAUGGAAUGUGAACAGUUGCUCCCUUAAACAAUGAUUAUAUCUUCAAUUAAUAUUUGGCUUCUGUCAAGUUUGCCUACUUAAUGCUAAAUACUGAAUUAUAUUUUCUAUUGCAGUGAGAAUGGUAAGCAUUGUGGAAUCUGCAGAGAGGAGCCUUGCAAGGCUAAUUUUUCUUUCAAACAGGUGUGUUGCUCUGUUUUCAGAAGAAAACUAAGGUUCACUUUUGAAAUCAAUUGCCCAUGACCCAUAGUUGUUAUACCUGGCUGUAUUGUAUAACUGUAGACCAGAAUCCUUAUUUAACAUUACAAAAUGUGGUGAAGAUAUGAAAUCCAUCAAAUUCUUGGUUAGUUUAUAGCGGUUUUUCAUAGCAGUUUUAAAUUGUGUAGAGAAAUACACUGUGCUGGAGAAAAUGAACAUUAAUACAUAGAAAAUCUUUAUCUCUGCCUCCUAAGGACAUUCAAAUAACUUUCUGUGUUUAAACAAUUCACAUGCUGGGACCUCCUCACCAAUUUUUCCUUUUAAAAAAACAAGCUUUGAGAAAUGGGUGUGUUAAAUACCAUAAAUGACUUCAGCAAUCUUUUUAUUAAACUGUAGCAUUCUGGGGAGUGAAAUGUGAAAUACAAAACACAUUAUCUCCCUGAGAGGCCUUAGAUUUUUAAACAAUUGUUCUCCAGUACUUCAGAGACAGAUGUAUUACAGUAUUAAUUACUGAAGUUACAUGUUAUGUUACAUUGUACCUACAUUUAAUAAGAUGUAAUGAGAUUUUCUAUACCGACUUGUGAUUUUUAAUACAAGAACAUUUUUUAUACAUAACAGUCCUUUUUGUUAGAAAAGUGAUUGAUGGUGCUUUCUAUAAUAGUUGCUUAAUAAAGGCACAAGAGAUUUAGCUUUUAAAUCUCAGGUACCUGUGUAAUCAUGGCAACAUGUUGAAUAUUUUCUUUUUACUUUUUGUUUUGUUUUGGUUUGGUUUUUUUGGUGGUGGAGUAUAAUAUGACAUGCAACUGGAAUCAAUUUCUUGUUACAGUAAUGUGAAGAAGCUAUCUCUUUACCGACAUGUGCUACCAUAACUUACUAUUUUUUACUAUUUCAUUUUAAUUGGAAUGUCUUGAUUUUGAUUUAUUUCUUGUAGGAAGUGGUGUAUACACUUAAAAAUAAUCUUCUCUAACUUUUAAAUUCAUCAUAUUUUGAAUGCUGUUGCAUAUUUAAAGAGCAGUGAUUUCCCAUAUAUGCCUACAUUGUAGAAAAACAAUGCCACAUGCUGUCCAAACCUAACAGAUUUAUAGCAGCAUCUUAUGAGAUGCUUAAAUAAAUAACUAUCCUCAUUCUUU